AUGUCGCAGCCGUACAGCGAGAACAACCCCGUGCCGACAAUUCAGAAGUAUGAAGACGAUCGAGAAAGACAGCAGAAAGAACUUGAGAGAGAAAUCGCCAACGGUGACUCUGUCGACACCAACGGAAAUGCCGCAUCCCCUGACGAUGACGAACAUGACGACGAGAACAAGAACCUGUCGCAGGGACAAAAGGAGAAGAAGGAAAUGAUGGAGAAGAUGAAUGCUAAUCAGCAAAAGCCCACCGAUGCCGUCAAGCGCCGGCGAGGAGAGCGUGUCGUGGACGAUCCUGUGACGGGCCAAAAGGUGGUGAUCAAGGACGCGCAGUUCAAGGACUUUCCUAACCAGCAACAGCUUGACCCAAAAUCGGGCAAGGCUGGACCGGCGCUGCAAGGUGUCACCGGCGCGGCUGGAAAGAUAUUCCACCAGUCGCGUACGGCGCCAAAUCCAGCGCAUCCGUCGAAUAUUUCGCUUCAACCAUUCCCUCCAUCUACCCCACCUUCGCUUGGCAGCAUCAUGAACUUGCUGUACUAUCUCGAAUAUGGGAUUAUGGCAUCCGGCGUCGUCCUCUGGUUCUUUAUGGCCUUUGGGCAUGGAUUCUGGGUCUGGCUCAUCCGCAGUGUUUUCAUUUCUGGUCUGGCAUUCGGAGGUGCGACAGUGGCAAGUCUCGCACAGCGGAAGCUAGAGCGGGAAGUUGAACGUGUGAGGUUUGAUAUGCACAGGCAACGCGGCGAGAAAUAUGCACCUCCUACACCAGAAUCAGUCGAGUGGCUAAACGCAUUCACCAAAGUUAUCUGGGGUCUCAUCAAUCCCGACAUGUUUGUUCCAAUUGCCGAUACGAUCGAGGACGUCAUGCAACAAUCUCUGCCCAAGUUUGUUGAGGCCGUCCGCAUUUCCGAUCUUGGGCAAGGAACCAACCCGCUCCGCAUUGUCUCUAUGCGCGCACUUCCGGACCAGCCCGGCGAAAAGGAGUAUCCACGAGAGGAGUGGAUUGAUCAGGGCACAAAUAUGUUGCUGGAGCAGGCGAAUAAGGACGCCAAGGCCUCUGAAGGCAAAGAUAUGGACCAAGCUGGAGACUACGUUAACUACGAAGUCUCAUUUGCUUACCAAGCUUUGCCUGGUCAAGGAGAUCAGUUGAGAUCGAAGAACAUCCAUCUCUUACUCGAGUUCUUCUUGGGUUUUGCCGACUGGGUUCACAUCCCGAUCCCUAUUUGGGUCCAAGUCGAUGGUAUCGCCGGAACUGUUCGUCUUCGUAUUCAGUUCAUUCCCGAACCUCCAUUUGUACGAAACCUCACGUUCACACUCAUGGGCGUUCCGGCGGUAGACGUUUCUGUUACUCCUCUCAUCAAGCGUCUUCCCAACUUGCUCGACCUCCCGCUCAUCUCGACUUUCGUCAAGAUGGCAAUUGCUGCUGGCACAGCAUCUCUCGUUGCUCCAAAGAGUAUGACAUUGAAUCUCCAAGAAAUGAUGAGUGGCGCAGCGAUUGGCGACACCCGUGCUCUUGGUGUCUUCAUCAUCCGCAUCCAGUAUGCAGAGGAUCUCUCCGCCCAGGAUCGCAACGGAAAAUCUGAUCCGUAUAUUGUUCUCGCAUACGCCAAGUUCGGCAAGCCGCUGUAUAGUACCCGAAUCAUUCUCGGUGACCUGAACCCAGUCUUUGAAGAAACGGCAUUCAUGCUUGUGACACAAGAGGAGGUCAAGGCUGAUGAACAGCUAGCAGCUAUGCUGUGGGAUUCUGACAAACAUAGCGCCGAUGAUCUGAUUGGACGCGUCACGAUUCCCGUAAAGGAAAUCAUGGCGACUCCAAACAAAAUGGUCGAUCGCAUCGACACACUGUCAGGCUACGAAGACGCCAACGCGAUGUCUGGUAAACUUCAUUGGAGCAUUGGCUAUUACGACAAGGUUCCACUCAACCGCCAGCUCGAGCCCAUGGAAAUGCGCCCUGGAGACAAGGCUCCGAAUCCCGCUGCAAAGGACGGCCCACCGCCUCCGGCAGAUGUCCAGCGUACUCCUCCAGAUCCGAAAUAUCCUUCUGGCAUUCUCGGUGUGGUCAUCCAUCAGAUUAACAACCUCGAACGCCAGAAUCUCAAAGGUGCCUCUGGAGACCGCGAAGGUCAAGCUGGUCAAGAUACGGACGAGCCCUCUGAACAAGGAAGCAAUCUCCCGAGCGGAUAUUGCGAGAUUGUCAUCAAUGACGACCUUGUAUACAAGACUCGUGUCAAGCAAUACACGACCAUGCCAUUCUUCGAGGCUGGCACAGAAGUCUUCGUUCGGGACUGGAAGGAGACUGUUGUCCGCGUCGUAGUUCGCGAUUCACGACUGAGAGAGAAAGAUCCAAUCCUUGGUAUCGUCAACUUGCCUCUCGUCGACAUCCUCAAGGAAAGCUCUGAAGUGACCAGGCUGUUCUCUAUCCAGGAAGGUGUUGGUUUUGGUCGCGCCAACAUCUCUAUCCUCUUCAAAGCCGUCGAUGCACAACUGCCACGGAACAUGCUCGGGUGGGAAACUGCCACCAUAGAGAUCCUAAAGCCUAUUCAAGUUAGCAUCGACCCAGAUUUCCAGUCUUCCUUCGCUCUCAAGAGCCAGACGCUCGUCGUCUCUACCACGGAUAGCACAGAGAAGAUCGGAUCUGCAGAGACUAAUGGAGACAACUCGCAUAUGACUUGGAAUACGGAAAUGGUCCGAUUGCCUGUGUAUAGUCGAUAUGCUUCGUCCUUGACAUUCGAUAUUGGCUAUAAAGCUGGCUUCGGACCUCUCAAGGGCCAAGCAGCAGCUUUGGCUGUUCAAUGGCUCCAGGAUUUGCCCGAUGACGAGGAAGUCGAAAUCAAGAUUCCAAUCUUAAUGUCGAAUGAUCUCAAGACACUUCGGCAAAACUACAUCAACGAGCAUACCCCCAAAGGACACGAGUACAAGAGAAUCGGAUGGCUCACAACGACAGUGAGGGUUGACAGAGGCCUCGAUCCUGAUCACGAGAAAUAUGCAAGGUCGCAGUCCCGUCGCCAUGCCUAUGAGACCUAUGACCAUAUCGAAGGUCAGGCUAUCGUGGCAGAAAAGCUCUCUCAUGCCAAUGACGAUGGCGUCAUUGACAAGAAGGAGAAAAGGGCCAUCGAAGCUGCACAUAAUAAGCAAUUGAAAAGUCGCCAUCGAGGUAUCGCCCAGUUCCGCCCUUACCGAACCGUCGUCUGGAUGAAGGAGGGAAUCAAGAGGCGUGUGACACCCAAGUCCAACAGCGGCAAACGUGAACAUAUCCAGACUCGCCCCAAAAAGCUCGACUCGCUAACUAGAUACUUCUUAUUGAAGUCGCUCCCUGUAUACCUAGCUAAUCUUGUACGCUAUGCCGAAUACAUUACAAUUGUUCUCAACCUUGCCCUCUGCAAUAACUUUGACCUUCACUUGACUUUGUCUAGCACCUACGUAUUUAUGCUUCGGAGUCUCUCGAGAAUUAGGAUCCAGCAGUCGAAACGACAGUUUACAACUUCGAGCCGUUGGAGGAGCGCUUUGUUGCCACGAACCAUUCGUCAAAUCCUCGACGCAGCACCAGAAACAGCGUCAACAACUGAAAUAACUGUGAAUGGGUGGAUCAAAUCUGUUCGGAGGCAAAAGGCUGUUGCAUUUGCUCAACUGUCUGAUGGGACAGACCUCAACUCUCGAGGACUGCAGAUCGUGUUCGGCAAGCCUGAGAUGGCAGAAGGAUUAGAUUUAGGCACGAGUGUAUCGUUGGUCGGAGCUAUUGUAAAAAGUCCUAGCAAGGGCCAGAGCUACGAAUUCGCGGCAACCUCCGUCAAGAUUUUAGGGACCUGCAUUCCAGAAGAGUAUCCUAUUCAGAAGAAGGCGCACACGACAGAGUACCUACGCGAGCAUGCAAAUUUCCGACCACGUACGGAUGAGAUUGCCAGGAUGUUACGGUUGCGACACGCCGCAAAGAGAGCCUUUGAGGAUUAUUACGAGGUCAAUGGCUUUACGAGUAUCCAAGCCCCGGUUAUCACGAACAACGAUUGCGAAGGUGGUGGCGAAGUCUUCCGGGUUCUGCCAGACCAGAAUGACCCCGGAGAUGGUGAGAGCAAAGAGUCGUCGCACUUCUUUGGUAAUCCGGCGUACCUCACUGUCUCAUCUCAACUCCACCUCGAGGCAUUUGCCUCGGCUUUCUCGAGAGUUUAUACACUUCAGCCGGCGUUUCGAGCCGAACGUUCUCAUACGAAUCGACAUCUCUCCGAGUUCUGGAUGCUAGAGGCUGAGAUGGCAUUUGUCAACGAUCUUUCGGUGAUCAUGGAUGUCGUCGAAGCCUCAAUCAAGCACGUCAUACGGGAUACAGCAUUUCAAGAAACUCUAGCUUCUGAUUCUCAGAGGGCUCAACUCGAUUCUAUGGCAUCGGUACCGUGGAAGAGGAUCACAUAUACCGAGGCAGUUGAAGCGCUGCGUCAGGGGCUUGGUGUAGAUGCAUUCGAAUGGGGACAGAACAUCUCAGUGGAACAGGAACGAUGGUUGGCAGAUAAUGUUGGGGGCGGACAACCUCUCUUCGUCACAAAUUAUCCAACGAACCAAAAACCCUUUUAUAUGCGAGUGAAUACGGAUGAAUCGGACACAACAGGGAGUACAGUGGCCUGUUUCGACCUGCUUGUGCCCAGAGUAGGCGAACUCGUAGGUGGAUCGUUGAGAGAGGAGAGAGUAGACUAUCUCGAAGCUGCUUUGAACAAACAUGGGCUUCCUGCGGAUCAGUACGAGUGGUAUACUGAACUUAGAAGAUUCGGUACGACACCUCAUGGCGGCUUUGGUCUCGGAUUCGAGAGAUUUAUAUCAUGGGUUGGUGGAUGGGAAAAUGUUCGCGAAUGCAUACCUGCCCCACGUUGGAAAGGUCGCUGCGUCCUUUAA